AUGCCGCCCACAAAGAAAAAGAAGAGCAAGGGACCUGUGGCUCCCGCGCCCUCCGGCCGUGCCCAGGGCCGGUUGCCAGGCCUACCGUCACCCGCGCUGUGCUGCGCCUGCGGUCUGUGCGUGCUGCUGGCGGGUGUGAACGUGACGCUAGUGGGUGCGUUCGCCUCCUUCCUGCCAGGGCACAAUGUGCCACUGAUCGUAGGACCGGUGCUGCUAGUGCUGGCGCUCGGUUUUUUCGCAGCCUGCUGCGUGUGUAGCCGCCGAGGCCCUGCGCUCCGUACGCGCUCCUUGGAAGCGGCGGCCCGGGGCCAGAAUGGCGGGCGCGCGGGGCCAGUGGCGCUGGAGAUGGAAAGCAGCGAGCGCACGGCGCAGGACACCACGGCCGUACAGCUCAGCCCCGCUGCCUCGGCCGCGUCCUCUGGCCGCUCCAGCCCGGGCCCGGGCCCCGGCCUCUUCAGCCUGGACGCGCCCUCACCCACAGCAGUUUGUGUGCCGCGCCCCGAAGGGUCGCAGCUCAACCUGCCCCGGGAGCUGUCCGCCUCCUAG